CGAUUAUUACUUAAAACCGAAACGUUCCACUACACGCAUAAAACACACAAGCGCCGCCGUUUUCUAAAACCCUAGAUACCAUCUCUCUCACUGCUCUCUCAUCCAAAUCCUCUCCUUCCAAUGGAACAACCUCCCUUAGACCCUCCGGCCAACGCCACCGGCGAAAACAUAAGCAAAAAUGCACUGAAACGUGAACUCAAGAACAAGCAGAGAGAAGAGGCUUUGAAGAAAAAAGAAGAGGAGAAAGCUAGAAAGGCUCUUGAAACACUAAGUGUCAAAGAGAACAAACCUGCGGCUGCUGAUGAUGAAGAUAUGGAUCCAACGCAAUACCUGGAGAAUAGGCUAAAGCAUUUUGCGACUGAAAAAGCAGAAGGGAGAAACCCGUAUCCACACAAAUUCCAUGUCACUGUGUCUAUUGAACAAUAUAUCAAGGAAUAUGAAGGUUUAAGCGACGGGCAACACCUUGAGGAUGUUUCUGUGUCUUUGGCUGGCCGAAUCAUGCACAAACGUGCCUCUGGUGCAAAGCUUGUCUUUUAUGACCUGCAUGGUGGUGGUUUUAAGGUUCAGGUUAUGGCUGAUGCAAGAAAAUCGGACUUGAAUGAGGCUGAGUUUUCCAAAUUCCAUUCUAAUGUUAAGCGUGGUGAUAUUGUUGGCAUCACAGGGUUUCCAGGCAAAAGCAAGAAGGGAGAGCUUAGUAUUUUCCCCAAAACUUUUGUGGCACUGUCUCAUUGUUUGCAUAUGAUGCCAAGACAGAAAUCUGCAGCUGCCGCUGAUAAUUCAAAUGUGAAGAAAAAUGCAUGGGUACCAGGAAGUACCAGGAAUCCUGAAGCUUACAUUUUGAAAGAUCAGGAAACUAGAUAUCGGUUACGCCAUUUGGAUUUGAUGAUUAAUCCAGAGGUUCGAGAAAUAUUCAAGACUAGGUCUAAAAUCAUUUCUUACAUUAGGUCGUUCCUGGACAAGCUUGAUUUCUUAGAGGUUGAAACACCUAUGAUGAAUAUGAUUGCUGGUGGUGCUGCUGCUAAGCCAUUUGUAACUCAUCAUAACGACCUUAACAUGAGAUUAUUCAUGAGAAUUGCUCCAGAACUCUAUCUCAAGGAGUUGGUUGUAGGUGGGCUUGACCGUGUUUAUGAAAUUGGGAAGCAAUUUAGGAAUGAGGGUAUAGAUUUGACUCACAAUCCUGAGUUUACUACCUGUGAGUUCUAUAUGGCUUAUAUGGACUACAAUGACGUAAUGGAGAUAACUGAGAACAUGUUGAGUGGUAUGGUCAAGGAACUUACAAAUGGCAGCUACAAAAUCAAGUAUCAUGCAAACGGGAUUGAUAAAGAUCCUAUUGAAAUUGACUUUACUCCACCAUUCAGAAGGAUUGACAUGAUUGAAGGAUUAGAGCAGAUUGCUGGCCUCAGUAUUCCCAAAGACUUGGCAAGUGAGGAAACUAAUCAAUAUCUGAAGAAUGCCUGCUUGAAGUACGAAAUCAAAUGUCCCCCUCCUGAAACAACUACUCGCUUGUUGGAUAAGCUUGUCGGGCACUUUUUGGAGGAAACAUGUGUCAAUCCUACAUUCAUCAUAAACCAUCCUGAGAUAAUGAGUCCGUUGGCUAAGUGGCACAGAUCAAAACCUGGCUUGACAGAACGUUUUGAGUUGUUUGUUAACAAACAUGAGAUAUGCAAUGCGUAUACUGAAUUGAAUGACCCUGUGGUACAACGACAAAGAUUUGCUGAGCAACUCAAGGAUCGGCAAUCAGGUGAUGAUGAAGCAAUGGCCUUAGACGAGACAUUUUGUACCGCUUUGGAGUAUGGUUUGCCACCAACCGGUGGUUGGGGUUUGGGUAUUGAUAGGUUGACCAUGUUAUUGACCGACUCCCAAAAUAUUAAGGAGGUUCUUCUCUUCCCUGCAAUGAAACCUCAAGAUUGAGCUUUCUACCAAAGCUGUGUUAAAUCUUGUCCCGGUUAAAUCAUUUACAGGUAUAGGAGAAAUGCAACAUUCUUAAUAUGGGAGCUCAGUUCUGAUCUGUCUAUUUGAUCAAUAGUUUUUGUAUGGGUUUUUCAAAUCUCAUUGGAAGAGUGCUAUAUAUACCGUAUUUUUUUUGGUGAAUUUCUUUUUUGGGCUAGUAUCUUUUGGUGAUUGGAUUAGUAGAUUAUAACUUACACCUAUUUAGUCUUUUUUGUUAUAUUUUUGAAAGAUACCAGUUGCGUAGUUUUGCACAAUCUUAAUAUAGUUCAUAUUGUUUAUGUUCCAAA